AUGGCCCCUGAUGUAGCAGACAUGACAGCAGAGGAAAACCAUGGGUGUCCGGCCCUGCGGGAGGUCGAGUGAAUGCCUGAACAUGGGCUGGAGGUGGAACGCAACAGCUGCAACCAAGAAGCAACAGACUAUCACCCAAACAUGCCCACUGAAGACUGUGCUGCAGUCACUGACAGUCUGUACAAUGAGGACCCACUGUGCAGGAUCUGCCAUGACGGCAGGGCUUCAGGGGAGCUGCUGUCACCCUGCCAGUGCUCUGGUAGCCUGGCCAUGGUGCACCGCGCCUGCCUCGAGCACUGGCUCACUGCCUCCAACAGCAGCCACUGUGAACUCUGCCACCACCAGUUUGCACUGGAGCGCCUGCCAAAACCUCUUAGUGAGUGGUUGUGUUCUCCAUCUGUGCAGCAGCAAAGGAGGACGCUGUGUGGUGACGCAGUGUGUUUCCUGUUCAUCACACCACUGGCCGGCCUCUCAGGAUGGCUGUGUGUUCAAGGAGCCAUGGACCUCUACUACACCAACGGCAUGGAGGCCCUGGGGCUCCUGGUCCUCACGUUGGCCCUCUUUACCAUUUACGUUUUCUGGACGGUGGUAUCUGUGCGUUACCACGUCCAUCUGUUCAAGACGUGGAAGAAAACAGACCAGCGGGUGCGACUGCAAAUCCCUUUGCCUUCCAACACCACACGUAACCAACAGACCCUGUCCAUCAACCCCCUCAGCAAAGCCACCAACAAAGAGACUAUGGUGUAG